AUGCCUGUCAUGGCCGCCUCCGUGGCCUGGGGAGGUGUGAAUGCUGGGUUCCUGCUGCGGGCUGCCAGGGGUGCCUGGUGGAGCCGACCUGGGGGCUUUUGGGGGUCUGGGGAGGCGGCGGCGCCAGCGAUAGCCAGGAAAUUCCGGGCGACAGGCUCGCGCCCGGCGGGGGAGGAAGAAGCCGGCGGCCCCGAGCGGCCCGGGGACGUGGUGAACGUGGUGUUCGUGGAUCGGUCAGGCCAACGGAUUCCGGUGAGCGGCAGAGUCGGGGACAAUGUUCUCCACCUGGCCCAGCGCCAUGGGUUGGAUCUGGAAGGGGCCUGCGAAGCUUCCUUGGCGUGCUCCACCUGCCACGUGUAUGUGAGUGAGGACCACCUGGACCUUCUGCCGCCUCCUGAUGAGAGGGAGGACGACAUGCUGGAUAUGGCCCCCCUCCUCCAAGAGAACUCCCGGCUGGGCUGCCAGAUCGUGCUGACGCCUGAACUAGAAGGGGCCGAAUUCACCCUGCCCAAGAUCACCAGAAACUUCUAUGUGGAUGGCCACGUCCCCAAGCCCCACUGA